AUGGACUCAAACAGGCCCCAAGAGCCUGGUACAACAAGAUUGAAGCGUACUUUGUUAAAGAACAAUUUGAAUGUUGCUCCAGUGAACACACCUUGUUCACACAAAAAGGUUAGAAACAAUAUUUUAAUUUUUAACUUGUAUGUAGAUGAUCUAAUUUUUACUGGGAGCAACAAAGAUAUUUGCGAAGAAUUCAAACAUUCGAUGCAGCUAGAAUUUGAUAUGACAAACUUGGGCAAAAUGAAAUACUUCCUUGGCAUUGAGGUAAUACAAAACGAAGCAGGAAUUUUUAUCUGUCAAAGGCGCUAUGCACGUGAAAUUCUUGCACGAUUUAGCAUGUUAAAUAGCAACCCCAUCAAGAAUCCCAUUGUACCAGGAACAAUUCUAUCUAAGGAUGAAACAGGAAGUCCAGUCGAUGCUACACAAUUCAAACAAGCCAUUGGCAGCCUUAUGUACUUGACAGUUACAAGACCAGACUUGAUGUUUGGAGUCAGUGUCAUUAGUAGAUACAUGGCCAAUCCUAAAGAGUCCCAUUGGGCAGUAAUUAAACGUAUCUUUAGGUAUCUCAAAGGAACCAUUGAACACGGUUUCUUUUAUCAAAAAGGAAGAAAGAUAAAUUUCACAACCUACAAUGAUAGCAACUAUGUAGGAGAUCCAGAUGAUAGAAGAAGCACUUCCGGAUCAGUGUUUAUGAUGGGAACUGCAGCUAUAUCAUGGGCUUCAAAGAAACAGCCAGUGGUAAGCCUCUCUACCACUUAG